AUGGGUGUGUUGGACAAGCUUACUAUUGCCGUUGUUGGUACCCAUCCCCAUGAUACUAAACAGAUCAAAGCCUGGAUCGAACGAAACGGCGGCAAAUACUCUGCGAAGAUCAACAAGAGCGUCACCCACCUCAUCGCCAGUAAAGAAGCAUACAAGAAACCCGCCGACGCUGUACAACAAGCCACCGACCUCAACAUCCACGUAGUCAGCUAUGACUGGUUCGACGACUCGUUGCAAGCGAAGAAGAAGCUGGGUACUAGGAAGUACACGUGGGAAGUGCUUAUGAAAGAGAGGAGGAAGAAGAAAGAUCUCAAGAGGAUAGGUACUCUGGCGGAUGGCAGUAAGUUCAGGAAAGGUUGUGAGAACAUCGAAGGGUUGACUGGAUCAGGUACGUCGAAGACAUCUCCCGUUGUUGCGAGAAAGCCGAGAAAGAGCAAGAGUUUCUUCUUUGCCACGUCUGCCCCGGCUGUUGCGCCCAUCCCUUUUGUUUCUGCAAAGGAAGACCUCUUGCGUAGGAGAGCGGAGAGAGCAGCUGCAUUGGCUGAGGGUGCUGGUGCUGGUGCUUGUGAGGCCCAGGCAAAAAACUCUAUUGAAGUCAUGGAUAACACUCCGAGCCCAUCCAACCACUCUCCAAAGCCUUUCGUUUCUAUCCAGACACCUCUCAAGAAAUGCAAGCCCCCUGGUACCUCCAAGAAAGUACCUCAAGCUAAGAUUUCUCACUGGAAAGAGGAUUAUCACUACUAUCAAGAUACGGACGGCUUCGAGUACAAGAUCCUGCUUGUACGCGUGGACAAUCCUCCCUUUGGCUCUGCAAAUUACCACAUUGCGCUAUUGGAGAGUCACUCAAAGCCGCAUGUGUACUGGGCUCUAGUGCAGUACAAGCCUGCUAAGAUCCUGCCGACAGCGGAGAAAGAGGAGAAAGGAGAUGUGAAGCAACAAGUAAGUCUUAGCGACAACCUCGCUCAGCACCCCGAAGCAAACCGUCUGCUUUCCAUCGUCACCAAGCCAGCUCCAACGCCAGAGGCUCCGUACAACGGCGAGCUAUGCCCCCGCGGCAGUGACUUCGCUACCGCCAUGCGCUCAUUCCGCCACGCCUUCCGCGACCUUACCCUCCUCUCUUGGGAAGAACGCUUCGACGACGACAAGACCCUCCAAAAAGCGCGCGCUCAGCUCCUCAACAUCGAGCCCUUCUGGUACGGAAAACCGAAAAUGGGCAUGCCAAUGGGCAACAUGUACACAGGCACAACAACCGGCCUCGAAGUCCUCGGCGACAUAUCCGAUACCUACGUCCGAGGCACCUCACUCCUCCCCUCUAUAUCCCACCCCCUCACCCGCCACGGCUUCAUCGGCGGUCCCAUCCAGCGCGACGCCGAAGACGCUCGCAAAGCCGAAGAAGCCCGUCUCCAAGCCAUCGCCGACGCGGAAGAAGUUGAAAAGAGGAAGGCAGGUCUAUUGCGCGCGAGGGAUAUGAAAGUCAACCAUAACCGACCCAUGUUUAAUGGGCCGAUGGGUAGACCGACGGUGGAUGCGUAUGGCCAGCAUAUCAAUUAUAGGGGCGAUGGGGGCGUGAGUAAGUAUUCGGUGCCGAUGCCGGUCGGGGGUGGAGGGAAUGCUAAUAGGGGGUUUGUGGCGCCGGAGUUUGCACAUCUGUUGGCGGGGGCGAAGAAGGAGAGGAAGCCUUGGCCGAAUCAGAGGGAAUGA